GUUUACAUCAAUGUCAUGCCAAUGCAAAACAUGGGAAGCUUUGUGUUUAGGGCAAUUUUUUUCAACUUUAGUUGGAAUAUAAAAUUCAUUUUAUUUCAGAUUAUACAUCUAAUGCAUUAUGAAAUUCUCAUGACACACCAUUUUAACAGAUAUAAUAUUUUCAAAUGAAAUGAUUAUAGCAUCAAAAACACUAUUAUAAGCCAUAUGAUGUCAAGACCUUCUUUUGUUAGGAUAUUUAUUUUUCAGUCUAUAUGUACAAUUUAGUAGGAGAAAUCAAACACGAGAUCAUGUACACGUUUAAUGAUGUUGGCUAAGUUAUUUAGCAUGAAAGUCUUAAUUGAAGCUAUCUAUUCCAGAAGUAGUUACAUCACAUACUAUUAUCCACUUAGUAAGCUAUUGUCAUUCACUAUGAUGUUUUCUUGUAAUUUUAUUAAUGAACUGUAAAGUGAUAGAUUGAGAUCAUCUGAAAAAAACCAUGGAAGUAUAUAAGACGAUUUAAAAAUACGUCUGAGACAUUAAAACAAGUUAGAAAGAAUUAAUUAAGUGCAAUAUAUUUGAUUGCACACUUCCAGCAAACGAGUCUAAAGGUUAUGUAAUACUUUUUUGACUUUGUGGUCUAUGUUUUCUUCACGUAAGGUGAUUAAAAUUCAAAGUAUAGGUGAAAAAAAUACUUUAUAAACGGGAGUUUCUUCGAUAAUUAGUGUAAAGUUAGCAUUGACAUUGAUCAGCUAGUCUUUAUCAAUAUAAAUUAAGGCAUGUCUACAUAUUAGAUCAAUGCAUUUUUGAUGGAAGAACUUGUUUUACAUCCGAAAAUUAGCCUUCAUCAGCUGUUGAAAAAUUCUAAGUAUAUGCUCGGAGAAACUCAGCAAUUUCAGCAAAAUAUUUCCAUGAUUUCAUACUAGUGGACUUCAUGAGUUUAUUUCCGACUUUCUUCCAGGUUUUCCGCUCAGAUGAUUUCAGUAAAUAAAUGGACCAAACCAGGUAACGGAUAAUAAUGUCCAUGUCUUAUUCUCAACCACCGCUUACAUUAGAAGAAUAUUUUUGUUCCAAUUCGUCAGAGAUGACUGGCACAUCUUUACAAUCAUUGCCUCAAGAACAAAAAUUCAACAUUCUUCCAAACUGCACAUCUAGUUCUUUUAAACAGCCUACACUUCAAGAAGGAUUAAAAGAUGCAUUAUCAGCUGAAAGCUGGUCUUCAUCUUCAGCAUAUAAAAUCAACAAACCAUCCAUCAAAACAAAUCAACCUUCUUUGUCGUCAAGACAACAGCUAAGACGAUCAAAUACUGUUGGCGCUUCAGAUGUGACAAAAACAGGAGACGGAAAGUUAUUAUUAAAUCAUUUAACCAAUAAAUUCACUGGCAAUCUAUCAGUUGAUGAUUUAAUACGAAAUGCAAAACAACAGGGUAAAAGUACAACAUCCUCAGGGUUAUCAACAUCUACAAAUGUGCGGAACCUAAUGAAUGACAGCUUCAACCUCAGCCAUUUAGAUAACAAGCCUACUCAACAAAGAUUUCUUCAUCGAGCACAAAGUGAGCACCAUUUUCGUGGUGGUAAUGCAUCAAGUACUACUAUUGUACCCACAACGACAACAAUUACUAAUAAUAAUAACAGUAGUAGUGGUAGCAACAAUCUAACAACGUAUUCUAACCUCUCUGGUCUUGAACGUAAUGAUGUACCUUCAACUCUUCGAUCUAUACUAUCUCAACGGGGAUAUAAUUUUGGUAAAUCACUAUGGCAACAAAACUUUACACCUGAUCAAAGUGAACACAGACCAACACUAGGUGGUUCAGAUGUCGGCGAAGUAUCCACAGUUUCAAGUUUGUUUCCAAAAAACUGGCUUAGGAGAGAAUCAACUGCAGAUGAGAAUGUACCAAUGAAUCAUAAAGGAUAUUCACUGUUCAAAGGUAUCGAUAACGAUGAUAAUAACAACAACUAUAACCAGUUUAUGACAGACAUCAGUUCUCAACAAUCCUCAUCAAGGACAAAUACACUCCCUUCAUCUUCUAGUCUCAAUCCAAACCUUCCUCACUUCUCUUCAAGUUGUUCAACAAUAACAACCACUUUAACACAGACGAUAACAACCACACUAACUGGUAGUAAUUCAAGUCGAAUUCCUUCGAAUCAGUAUAUUCCUAAUGAAUUGUUGGGUGGGAAGUUCGCUGAAGACUUUCUAAAGAAAUCAUUAUCAUCAAUGGUAUCCAACAGACUAUCAAAUGGUCAAAAUGAACCCGUUCAGUUAUCUAACAGUUUUACAGGUCAAACCUUGGUACAAUGGUUUUGCCGACAAAUAAUUCAGUCUGGAUGUCCUUGGAGCUAUGGCUUGAUAUCUGUUGUCUGUCAGCUUUGUAACUGUCUCCUACAGUUAGGUGUACUUAAACGUGAUUCAAAGGCUACACUGAACAAUUCAACAACAACACCAUCAUGUUUAUCAAUGUCUUCAGCAAUGCCUGGUAAAUCGUUUGGUGCCUUCAAUCAUGAUUCAGUACAAAAUCCUAAUGAUCCAAAGAGAUCGAAUUCAUUUGAUAACAGUUCCACAGAAACAUUUCAGUUAAACAUGGACUAUGUAUGGAGUGGUCAUAAUGAAAUAAACAGUGCAACUGCUAACAGUGAACAGUGUCAUACAUCUCAACAUCAAGAGCAACCAAAUCAGUGGCAAAUGCAGCAAGACCAACAGAUUUGUGAAUAUAAAACAUUUCAAAUGGCUGUUUACAAUCAUUUAGUGAAUCUGCACAAGGAAUUCGAGUAUGAGCUUGACCGGCUGACCAGAGAACAUGAGCUACAAUUAUUCAAGGUGAGGAAUCAAGGCGUUAUGAAAGUUUGUCACUUGACCGAUAGAAUUGAGGCUCUUGAAAAUCAGGUGGAAAAAUAUCGUAUACUUGCAGGUAUUGAACAUUUAACCAAGUCUUCAAUGCUCGAAGAAACAUCUCAAGGAAAUACAAAAAGUCAUAAUUCACCAAUGUUUUCAAAUUUUAAUUACACUAAAAAUCAACUAGCUAAAGUGAAAUUUAGUUUGCCAACUGAAAAUUUAUUCAACCGUCUACCGAGAGUUUCAAGAGCUGCAAGCGAAAUCAGUGAUGUCAGUCAUGCAUUUCAACGGGACUUAAGCUUCAUGGCCAACAUAUACAACAAACCUGAUUAUGUUCAGCUACACAGUUCUAUUUCUAAUGAUGAUCAGUAUUUCAGCAAGCCGAAUUUCGAUUAUCACAACUUACAGUUUCACCAACAGCGAAAGCAACAAGAGUGCUCUACAUUCGAUGCAAUGAAUUUACGCAAAGCUCAUGAACAAUCAAUCUUACAAAAUCUUAUGCAAAAGAGGGAAUCAUUUUCAUUGAAAGAACCAGAUCCGUUAAAUAAACCAAAAAUUACAGAUUUAGGUAUACACUCGUGUGACAGUGGUUUACUCGAAAAAGAAACUUCAGUAAAUAACAAAACGAACGAGUUGACUAAUUCACCAAAGCUCCACAGAACCGAAACUGAACUUGAAGAUUCAAGCGUAUUCAGUAGUGAAGAUAACAGUCAACCCUAUCUAAAGUAUGACAGAACAAAUCCACGAUAUCCUAACCUUCGAAAUGCAUCUGCACCACCACACUCUAAAUCUUACCUAAAUCAAACAAAUUCUACAGUUAGCAACCAACCAAUACUGGGAAUUCAAGCAAAAUAUGAUAUCAGUAAAAGCAAUCAGAAUAAAACUCUGAAAGAAGGUAAUGAACGAAUUAAAGGUGUGAAAGAUAUUAAGAGAACUGAUAAGAACAGAGGACUAACGUAAUAGUGAUAUUUACAGUUAACUCAUAUACAAUUUGAGCCAUGCAUUUACUUCCAUAUGUUUCAAAAGAAAAUUUUAUUCCACAUAUGUGUGAACAGAUUAUGCUGUCAACUUUAAGAAUGAAAAAUCAAGUUGAUAAUUGAAUAACUUGACUACAAUCUACCUGUUGAAAUACUAUUUCUUUCUUUACCUCAAAAUUUUAUUUGCUUUACAUUUUUUGAAAUUGUACAAUCUUAGUAGUGUUAUACAACUUUUUUUCGAUAGAAUCUAUAAAAUGUUUGAAAAAUUUUUUUCUCUAAGCACUGAUUACAUACUCAAUAAGAUUUUCUAUGAAAGUUAAUUUCACAUGAGAUUUGAUUUAUAUGAUAAGGAAGAACUCUGUAGGUAAACUGAAUAAUCUUAUAUUAGAGAUGCAUAUUAAUGUGUGUGAUUUUAUAGCCAUGUUUUUAUGCUUCCUAUGGAAUCGACAUAGCUGCUUUACGACAAACCUUAUGUAUGCAUAUAUUUCGAAGUCACCGUCCUGAGGAUUUACCUUUCAUACAGAGUUUUGUGCUUAUUUUGAAGAAGUUGAAAUGGAUAUAAAAAUCUAUAUCAAUG